UUUUAAGAAUACAAAACCAAAAAGGUGCAGUUCGCGAGAAUAGAAGAGGAUAAGGAAGAAGCCAAAGGGAAGCAUAGCACAGCACAGCAAAUAGCACUCAAUCCAAAAGGGAACCAAAUCAAAAUGGAAAAAUGAGAAGCAGAAUCUUAGUCAAAGUAGUCAAACUUUAAUCCCCAAGAAACAUAAUCCAACAUAUCGUAUAUGAAGAGCUCCAAGAUUGUUAAUAUUCCUUUCUACCACUUAACACCAACUCCUUGAAGGAAUAACAAACAAACAAGGAAAAAGAAGUUGUCAGGUAAAUUGAAAAGAAACUUUACCUUAUUUUAUUUCAUUUGUUCUGCUUUCAUUCAUUCCCUCUCUCUCUCUCUCUGUGUAUAUAUUAGCAUAGCAGCCCAUUUCACUAAAAGAAAAAAACAGCAGAUUCCCAAUCAUCCCUUCCACUGUUUGGGAAACAACCAUAAUUACACCCAACAGGACCAUAGAAACCUGAGCUCCUAAGUUACCCACUUCUUUGAUUGCAAUUAUAUAUAUGUAAGUCCAUCAAUCUCCAUCAACUUGCAAUUGCAAUUGCAUGAUGGGCACUAACACUUCCGUGAGUGGCUUCUACAACUUCCUCACACAAGGACUCAAUGAACUCCACCAAUCCUUCCUCUCCCACUCCUUCAUGUCAUUCCAAUUCCUUUCACAGGUCAUCUCCUCUCUCCAGUCCUUCCAUUCCCAACUCACCAUCUUGGUCCGCAAGCUUCGCUUGCCCGUUGGAGGAAAAUGGUUGGAUGAAUACAUGGACGAAAGCUCGAGGCUUUGGGAUGCUUGCCAUGUACUCAAAUCUGCCAUUUCUGGAAUGGAGAAUUAUUACUCAGCUGCCUCUAACAUUGCUUCUUCUUUGGAUGGUUACCAUCAUUUUACUCCAGAACUUUCACGUCAGGUUAUUCGAGCAAUAAAUGUUUGUCAAAGGGAUAUUCUAGGAUUGGAAGAGGAAAACAAGAGCUUAAUGGAAACAAGGAUUGAACCGUUGUCCCAAUGUUUGAUUCAGAACAUCUCAAUGGAAUCCAAGUUAAAUGGAUUCAGUGGAUUCCGAGGUGUUCUCUAUGCAAUGAGGAGUGUUAGUUCACUACUUCUGAUGAUUCUGCUUAACGGGCUUGCGUAUUGUUGGUCCUCCUGUUGCUUUCACCAAGGGUACGAUGGGCACAUGGUUUUUGGAUCUGACUUCAUGGUUUCAAUGGCAAUAUUGCAGCAAAAAGUGGCAGAGGAGAUAGACCAGAUUGAAGGGCAGCCAGGGAUUCUGCUGUUUGAGUUCCAACAAGCAAAGAGUGCCAUGGAGGAACUCAAAGUGGAGUUGGAGAGAAUAGCAAGUUUAAGUUAUGCUGAGAUCCAAGAAAAAGUUGACAACGUCAAGAGUUGCUUUGGGUUGUUGAGAUGUGGGGUCGAUACUAUAACGGGGCAACUUGAUGAUUUCUUUGAUGAAAUAGUAGAAGGAAGGAAGAAGCUUUUGGACAUGUGCAGUCAUAGGUAGAAACCAAACAAUUUUAUUAUACGCAGCCAUAGCAGGAGGAGAAAAAAAUGUUAAAAAAAUGAAGCAAUAUGUCAUCCCCUUUUUUAUGCAUUAA